AGCACUCCUCAUGUUUCUGUGAGCCGGAGCGAUGGGACUCGGAUCGUCCAGCAGAUCCACUGAUAACCAACACAAUGAGGAGGUCAACUUCGACCACUUCCAGAUCCUGAGAGCGAUUGGAAAGGGCAGCUUUGGAAAGGUGUGUAUCGUGCAGAAGAAGGACACUAAGAAGAUGUACGCCAUGAAGUACAUGAACAAGCUGAAGUGUGUGGAGCGAAAUGAAGUGCGGAACGUCUUCAAAGAGCUUCAGAUCUUGCAGAACCUGGAGCAUCCGUUCCUAGUGAACUUCUGGUACUCGUUUCAGGAUGAGGAGGACAUGUUCAUGGUGGUUGACCUCCUGUUAGGAGGAGACCUGCGCUAUCAUCUCCAACAGAAUGUACAUUUUUCCGAAAACACUGUGAAACUCUACAUCUGCGAGCUCGCCUUGGCGCUGAACUACCUGCGCAACAAACGCAUCAUUCACAGAGACAUCAAGCCUGAUAACAUCUUACUGGACGAGCAUGGUCACUCUCAUCUGACUGACUUCAACAUCGCUGCUAUCGUUAAAGACGACCUAAAAGCCACUUCUAUUGCAGGGACGAAGCCGUACAUGGCUCCGGAGCUUUUCCAGACGUUUGAGGGAACACAUCCAGGUUACUCGUUCGAGGUGGACUGGUGGUCUUUGGGUAUUACAGCCUACGAGCUGCUACGUGGACAGAGGCCGUAUAUCAUGCGCUCCUGCACGCCCACCUCGGAGAUCCUGCAGUCCUUCCAUAAAGUCCAUCCCUGCUAUCCUGCCGCGUGGUCAGUAGACAUGAAGUCUCUGCUGCGGAAGCUGCUGUGUGUCGAUGCGGAGAAGCGUCUCUCGUCUCUCUCUGAGCUGAAGGACACAGAGUGUCUCUCCAACGUAAACUGGGACGCCGUGCUUAAUAAACACGUCCCACCAGGAUUCAUCCCUAAUAGACGGAGACUAAACUGUGACCCCACGUUUGAGCUGGAGGAGAUGAUCCUGGAGUCGAAGCCACUGCACAAGAAGAAGAAGAGAUUAGCGAGGAAGACGAGGGAUCAGGGUUCUGAUGGAUCUCCACAGAACGGUCAGCUCCAGCAGCGGCUUGACUGCGUACAGCGAGACUUCAUCGUCUUCAACAGAGAGAAAUUGACGAAGAACAAAGCCAAAACAGACUCGAACAACGUGCCCGAGGAGGACCGAGCUCUCGAGGAUGGACAGAACAACAACGUCACCAGCGCAGCCAGUUUAUCCAGUUAAAGAUGUAAAUUGUUAUAUAAAUAAAAACCUUUGGGGGAACGGAAGCUCAUCGGCUCAAUCGACUCAGACUUGGCGAGAGAGCAUCGUGAGCAGAGUGAUCAUGAACAGGAAAACGCUUCACUGAGUCAAUUCCCCUGAGGAACCCAUGACCUUAAGAUAAUCUCUGAGAUGCAGAGUGGUGUAACGAGUGAAGCUCAGACCUCUCACACUACUGUUUAGUGUCUCUGUUUAUUCUUAUUCCCUUAUAAACACUGCACUCUCUGAAUGUACAUGAGGAGGAUCCUUGCUUCUGUAAAAAGUGUGUAACGUUAGGAUCGGCUUAGUUGUAGCAUGAGGGGCGGAGUUAACUCAAGUUAAUUUAAAUACAUAUCUAAAAUAAAAACAUCGCUCUCGCUCAGAUGUAGAUUUUGCAAAAGACUCAGGUCUAAAAAAACGAAAAGAUAGUUUUAAGUUAGUUUGAGCGUUCUGUGUGUUUCUAUUCUGCGAGUGGCCUUUCGCUUCACGCUUCGCACAAGUCAGGUCUGAGUAUGGUGUGAGUUUUAUACCAGAAUCCUGAGGAAAAAACUGAUGACAAAAAACAUUUAUGGUUUUAGCAUAUAUUAGUGAAGUGAAGAGGAAACAAGGAACAAUGGAAAAAGCCAAUCAGAAAUCCUGCAAGUCUCUGAUUGGCUGAUUGGGUCCUCUAGUCUCUAAAUGGCUGAAACAGUAUUUAGUUUCUGAAAUGUGACACAUCGUUGUAAUGGAUGUUACCCCCAUACAAGAGAGAAUGUUUCAGCAAGGACAAAGUAAAAUUGUAUUUGAAAAAGAUUUUGAGCAUGCAAAGUAGGUAAAAUAUCAAUCCAGAAAAACAUAGAAAAAUACUUUUUUUCUCUGGAUUUUGGCCCAAACACAACACCAUAUCUGAGAGUCUGCAGGCACCAGCAACUGUCUUCAUUUUACCCGUUAACAAACACUAAUACAGCUUUAUAGGAGUUAAAUAACAUGAAUUUGACAUCUGUCUUAAGUAGCCAUGAACUCUGACAGUGUAAUAUCUAGAGUUGUGUGAGUUAAUUGACCUUUUGUUGGUUGGUAUGAUUUAUAAAAUCAGUGAGUCAGUUUUCAAUUCAGAA